UUCAAAACAUGGACGACAACGUGUUAUGUAUAAUUGGAAAGGUUUUGCUAUUUUUUGACAUUUAACUUUGAUAAACUGUCAGUAAAGAAAAAAGAGAAAAACGGGACUAUACUUUUAUUUUUGUAGAAACACCGGAAAUAAUUUUUGGCUUCCGAAAUUGAUCCGUUGGUGUGUAUACUAACGUGGAGUUUAGACAUAAGACAGCGUUAAUCGUCAGCGAAAAAUAGUGGAAGAUGGCGUGGAUUAUCACCGGAACUUGUGCAUGUGUUUUGCUUUGACGGCGGAAUCACGGAGACCCUCUCUUGUUGAAAAACAAUGGUGUAAAGGUUUCCAAGUCAGUGAACAAGCCAUAGCUUCCUGGUAAAAACCUGUCAACAGAGUGAAGGGACAUUCUUGUCAGUUUAUCUACAGACACGUUAGAUCUCUAUCUGCAUCUGCUCCAACAAAAUGACCGAAAACACGUCAGCGAUCCCCGUCCUGCCGCUGCUCAUCAACGGCUUCAUGUCUGUUCUCGGCUGUAUGGCCACUCUGAAACUCAUCCCAGCUUUCAAAGAACAUUUCAUCGCUGCCCGGCUGUACGGAAUGGACCUCAACAAAACCGUCAAAAAGGAAGUUCCAGAGUCUCAAGGAGUCAUCAGUGGGACAGUAUUCCUAAUUGUCCUCUUUUGCUUCAUCCCAGUGCCUUUUCUCAGCUGCUUUGUUGGAGAUCAGUGUUUGGGCUUUCCACAUGAUGAGUUCGUCCAACUGAUUGGCGCCCUUCUGGCCAUCUGUUGCAUGAUCUUUUUGGGCUUUGCUGAUGAUGUGCUGAACCUGCGAUGGAGACACAAGCUGCUUCUUCCCACCGUGGCUUCUCUGCCUCUGCUCAUGGUCUACUUUACCAACUUUGGCAAUACAGUCAUCGUGGUGCCCAAGCCCUUCAGAGUUCUGUUUGGGCUUCACUUAGAUCUUGGGAUCCUCUACUAUGUCUACAUGGGAAUGCUUGCAGUUUUCUGCACAAAUGCCAUCAACAUCUUAGCAGGCAUCAACGGUAUUGAGUCUGGUCAAGCUCUGUUUAUCUCUGGCUCCAUCAUCAUCUUCAAUCUGCUAGAGCUCAGUGGUGAUUAUCGCGACGACCAUGUUUUCUCCCUGUACUUCAUGAUACCGUUUUUCUUCACUACCUUAGCCCUUUUGUACCACAACUGGUACCCCUCAUCCGUGUUUGUGGGAGACACUUUCUGCUACUUUGCCGGGAUGACCUUCGCUGUUGUCGGUAUCCUGGGACACUUCAGCAAGACGAUGCUCCUCUUCUUCAUCCCUCAAGUGAUCAACUUUGUCUAUUCCUUGCCUCAGCUUUUUCAUAUUAUCCCUUGCCCCAGACAUCGGCUCCCCAGACUGAAUCCAGAAACAGGAAAACUGGGAAUGAGCUAUUCAAAAUUUAAACAGAAAGAUCUCUCCAAGCUGGGAAACCUAAUUUUAAAGGUAGCAGAGUUAUUAAAGCUGCUGGAGGUGCGACGGGGGCAGGAGGGAGAUGAUUUUAUUGAGUGCAACAACAUGACUUUAAUAAAUCUAGUGAUAAAGAUCCUGGGACCCGUCCAUGAGAGAAACCUCACAGUCAUCAUGCUCAUCAUACAGGUGUUGGGCAGCGCAGUGGCUUUUGGGAUACGUUAUCAUCUGGUGCGACUCUUCUAUGAUGUCUAGACGGUUCACAAAGAAACGGCAAAAAGCAAGCACACUGAGAAAACUUCAUAUGUUGUGAAACUAUUGGAGGGCUUCUGGUUCAUCUGUUUUGGAUUGGACUCUGUUGCUGUUCUGCCGUUGACAGUAGUACAUCCAGACAUAUAAGGGUCUCACAUAAAGAUUUGCACUGAGUUACAGUAAAAAACAAUGCACUUGCCUAUCCAUCUGAAAAGUAUAUUUUCAUACUUUUUAAGGACAGUUCAGUAAGUGGGGACAACUUUGUUCAAUCCAGCUAAAAUCUUUGGCUGAAUUUGCUCUAAUAUUGUGAUGAUUUAUAGAAAGAAGUUUUCUGAAAAGAAAAUCAAACAUACAUGUGCAGCAUGCUUUCACAGAGUCUUCUCCAGACGCAAAAGAUCACAAUAGUGGUCACUGUAAGAAAAAAGCCAAUAAGCUUUUUGUGUUACUAGGUGGGCACAGGUAAAUCCGGAGUGGGGAUUAGUAAAACCUUUUUUAGGGUGAAGGGUGUUGAGACAAGUGAAAUGAAUGCAACUGUUCUGAAUAAAACCCUUAAUUAUUGAUUUGAAAACAUG